AUAAUGGUACAGAUGAUGGGGGUGGUGGUGGUGGGAAAGACACACCAAUGAUAAAUGCAGGGUAUACUGAAUCCUCAGUACAACCUAAUCCAGUGUGUAGUUUGUGCUUAGCUGGGCUAAGACAAUGCUUCAUUUGUUAUCUAACUCAUCCUGACCCCAGUUUGACUAACCUUCAAACCCCUAAUGGCUAUGAAACGCCUAUGUUCUAUGGCAAUUCUGAACCACCUGUAGUCGUCGAUAAAGGCAUCUCUGAAAUAACAAUGAAAAUGGAAGAGGAUACUACAACUGCUGCUACUCCUACUAAUACUGAAACUGCUUAUCAUCAUCACCAUCAUCAACAUCAGAAAGACAUCCAGCCAGUAUUAGAAUCGAAUAAAUCUGAUCAUCAAUUGAUACGCUGUUCAGUUCGUUCGUGUCGACGAUGGUUUCAUCCUAGCUGUCUGCGUAAGCCUCCUUUUGCAAUUGUUGUUCGUGAACGACGUGCCGGUGCUUUCUCGUGUCCUGCGCAUACAUGUUUAGCGUGUACAGCUGAAACACCUGGGACAAUGCCUCGUCCAUCUGCACAUUUUAUUCGUUGUGUUAUGUGUCCCGCCGCUUAUCAUCCAGGCGAAUGGUGUCUACCGGCUGGUAGUAAAGAAGUGGCGCCUAACUUAAUUAUCUGUCCACGUCAUUCUUUAGAAAAUGAAUGUAAACUCUACUGUGCACCGCCUAAUAUACAACUGGAAUUACCGCCAGCUGCACUGUUGAAAAUGUUUAAGCCAACUAAUGUCUCUUGGUGCUUUAUCUGUUCUAAGGGUGGACGUAUUAUAUGCUGUGAAAGUUGUCCAGCAUCGUUUCAUGAAGAAUGUCUUAAAAUUGAUGAGGUACCAGAUAAAUUUAUCUGUGAAGAUUGUACGAAUGGUCGAAUGUUACGUUAUGGUGAGAUUGUAUGGGCACGUUUACCACCAAGUCUCCAGUCAUAUCAUCAACGUUGUUUAAAAUUAUCUGUUGCAUAUAAUUCCCAUCGUUUACCGGGAGUAUUUCGUCCUAAUGAAUAUGCCUCGCUUACAUCUGGUAUGUAUUGGUGGCCAGGAGAAUUAGUUCAUCCACAACAUUUACCAACAAGUCAACAUUCUGUAAAAGAUGAUAGCCAUAAUAACAACAGUCAAACAUUUGCAAUUAAUUUUCAACCAACAAGUAAUCCAACAUUGCCUACAUCUAAUAAUAUCCUCGGUUCAGUAUUUGUUCGUUUAUACGGUCUGACGAAUAGUCUUUCAACGAAACAUUCACGUCCUGUUUAUUUAUUGACAACACGGGCUAGAUUAUUUCCAUAUGAAGAAGGUGAUGAUAAACGAAGAGGAAGUAGUUCUAGCUCAAGUGAUGACGACGAUGAAUCUACUGAAUCUGGACGUGGUGAAGAAAGUGACAUUGUCAAGAAAAAGGUCUCUUCAUCAUCAAAACAACGGGCUAAUCGUAAUCGUCGUAAAAAGCAGGAUGAUGGUGAAGAUGAAGAUCCCUUGUUAGAAUUGAAUCCCAGUAAUUUUCUUGUUGAAGAUAGUACUCAUAAUACUGGCAAUACUACUAAUACUACUACUAGUAAUACUAAUAAUAACAUUAAUAAAACACCCGAAUCAGGUAAUACUUCAUUAGAAUCAUCCAAUACUACUACAUCAGCUAACAAGUUAACAACUUAUAAUCGUUUACCACGUUAUCCAUAUUUAAGACCACGUAGAAAUCGAUAUUUAAAUGAUGAGAAUUCAAGUAAUUGUAAUAAUACAGGACUUCUGUCUAAUCAACGUACCCCACCAUCUGUGAUUCGACGUAGAAAAUUUAUUUAUAAUGCUGCAAUCAAACAAGCUGCUCGGGGUUGGCUUAAAAGACGUGAAAAAUUCUCCAAGCUAUUAGGCAGAAAACGACGUCCUGAUUAUUAUAAACCAAUUAAAGUGAAUUGGCCAAUUGGCUCUGUUCGUGUCUAUCGUCUUACUGAUUCAAGUGAAGCUCUACGUUGUGAUUGUAUUAAGGAUUCAGAAGAUCCAUGUGGACCAACUAGUAAUUGUAUAAAUCGUGAAUUACACUAUGAAUGUCUGCCUAGUGCAUGUCCAAAUGGAGAUGCAUGUCGUAAUCAACGGUUCACAAAACGUCUUUAUCCACCUCAACAACCAUUUUGGACAGGUGAUGAACGCGGCUGGGGAUUAAAAACCAUGGUUCCAAUUCGUGCAGGAGAAUUUGUUAAUGAAUACAUUGGUGAUUUAAUUGAUGAAGAUGAGGCGAAUCGACGUUUAAGAUUUGCUCAUGAAAAUAAUAUAACUAAUUAUUAUAUGAUGAAGUUAGAUAGUCAACGUAUUAUUGAUGCUGGACCUAAGGGUAAUCUAUCCCGUUUCAUGAAUCACUCGUGUGAUCCUAAUUUGAAUACACAAAAAUGGACUGUAAAUGGUGAUAAUAGAAUUGGAUUAUUUGCUGUCAGAAAUAUCGCUGCUGGUGAAGAGUUAACCUUCAACUAUAAUUUUGUUGCAUUGGGUCAAGAACGUUUAAAUUGUCGAUGUGGAGCUUCAAAUUGUGUUGGAUUUUUAGGUGCACGUUCAGAGUCCUCAAAUAAUAAUAAUAAUGGUAAUACUGCACAAGUUGGUACUACUACUACUACUAAUAAUAGUAAUAAUGGUACAUCUGCCAACUCUUGUUCUGAGUCGAACAGUUCAUCAACUGUUCCAGUGAAUGCAGAUACAGUUCGUGGAUCUAGACGGAAUACUUCACAAGGCGGGAGCAGCAGUAACUCGCGUACAGGUGGUACUGAAAAGGCGCAUACAAAUAAUGAUGGACGUGAUUCCGUUUCCAGUAAAACUUCCAUUUCAACUGUGUCGAAUCAUUCAGUGGCAAGUGGAAGAAAUAGUUCAGGAAGCGUGAUGAAUGCUUCAGCGUGCAAAGACAAGUGUGUUGAAACGAAAUGUUUCCGAUGUGGUAAAGUAGAAGCUCCUGUUGGCCAUCGUUCAUUACAAUCUUCUGAAUUAUCAAAUUCAAUAUAUCCUUCAAUUACUGCUACUACUACGCCUACAAAUACUAUUUCCUCAUCAAAUAAACGUGGACUCAAGCGUGAAUUAGAAAGACUUGUUGCAGCUGUGACUCAUCAUCAGUCACCAAUUAAACACAAACAAUCUCGACUUAGUAGUGGUAGUGCUGGUUCCUCUUUGAAAUCUCCUAAUAUGAUGAAAACAAUCAAAGCAGAAGAUCAUGAUGAUGAGAAUGAUGCCGACAACGAUGAUGAUGAUGAGGAUGAAGAUGAUGGUGAUGGCGUUGAUGGUGAUGAUAAACAGAGAUUGAAAAAAUCAUCAUCAUCCGAUUUAAUUGUGUGCAGUAAAUCUGAUUGUCCAAAAGUAUAUCAUUUAUUCUGUUUAGAUUUAGAUGCACCGCCUGUUAGUGGUCGAUGGUUUUGUCCUUGGCAUCAUUGUGAUGCAUGUGGUCGUCCUUCGCAUGUCUUCUGUUCCAUAUGUCCAUCUUCAUUUUGUUUAGCGCAUGUUGAAGGCAGUAUUAUUGUACUGCCACCAAUCAUACCGAAACGUAAAUCUAGGUCAACUAACAAUCGAUCUAAUAAUAAUAAUAAUAAUAGCAACUCUUCUGCUGAAGAUGCCCUUCUUGCACGAAUUGUAUGCAUGUCUCAUUAUGAAUUAGUGGAGAAAAUGUCCAAAACAACAACAACAACUAAUCAUCAUGGAAUAAGUUCAGUUAAUACUCCUGCUCCGUCUCCGCCGCCUCCGCUGCCUGCUCCUUCUUCUCCCCCAUCACCUCCUCCUCCUCUGCAUUCCAAUCCGUCAACACCGACAGCCGAUAAUAAUCAUAAUAAUGAUAAUAAUUCACUCCUAACUGAAAAGCCAGGCGAAAUUGAAAAAGACGACAAAGAAAACGCAGAAGUAGGCAAAUUUGAAGACAAAACGGUAGUAGAAAGCGAUGAAGACAAAGGCGGUGUGGAAAGAGACGAUAAAGAUGACGAAAGAGUAGAAGUAGACAAAGAUAGUGUAGAAAGGAACGAAGAAGAAGAGGAAGAAGGUGUAGAAAUGGAUGAGGAUAAAGAGAGAGUAGAAUUUAAAGAAGAUGCUGUGCAAAGUAUUGAAGGAAUAGAAAUAGACGAAGAAAAUGAAGAAGAAGGUGUAGAGGAAGAUACAGUAAUCAUGGAAGACGAAAGAGAGGAAGAAGUAGAAAGAGGCGAAGAUCAAGAAGAAGGAGAACGAAUGGAAGAAGAUGUAGACAAUAAUGAUGAAGCAGAGCAGUUGAAUAGUGUAGAGUCGUCAGGGUUGUGGACUAUAAGAACAUAUAGUAGUAGUAGUAGCAGUAGUGGUCAAUCAAUAGAGGCGAAUACUCUACACGACGAUACUACCACUACUAUUACUAAUUAUAAUAAUGAUGAUAUGAAUAACAAUAUCAGUAACGAUAGCCAGUCUCCUUCUCCUCCUCCUGCUGUUGCUUCUUCCCCUUGUCCGUCUGUUACUUUCGAGUGAACUGUGUAGAAUGAUGACUCCCUCUUAAAGGCUGUGUGUAAGCCCUAGAUAACAAAUGGUGGAACUACUGAAACAAACAUAGAGUGUAAAUAUAG